AUGAAAAUUCAAAGAAGAAGCCUAGCUAAAGAAAUCAAAGCAUAACGACCAUUAUUAUUCAAGUAUCUAUUGAACAUUAUCAAGUUAAUCAGGAGCUUCUUCUAUUUGUCCCAAAAUGUACUCAUAAUAAUUAAACGAUUAUAAAAAUGUUGAAUCCUUUAUAAAACUUAGAUAAAUGAAAUGUAACAAAAGUAUCUCAUUACUUAAUUGUUCUAAAUAAAUAAGUAGAAUAGAUGAAUCUAUAAAUUAAGUUAAAAGUAAUACUCAAGUAAAUAGUAAUAAUCAUAACGAAGUAAAAUUAAAUAAAUAAAUUUAGACAAGAAUCAUAGCUAGAUAAGUGAUAAAAGAUUGCAUAUAAAAAAGAAAAACAAAAUUGAAUAGUGCAGAUGAAUCAUUUUAAAAUUUGUAUUUGCUUGAAGAAAAAUCAGCAUAAGAAUACUAAAGUUCUCUAAAUAAGCAUAUUGAAGAUUCUAAACAAUUCUAGAGUUCGAUCUCGUUUAAUUUAGAAAAACUAUCAAGAAAUUAACUCUAUUUAAAGUUGAAAGAUCUGUAAUUAUUAUAUUUGUAUAUAGAAACAAAAAUUUAAAUGCCAAUCAAAAAUAGGAACUUGCCAAUUAAAAGUAGUUAAAUUUAAUUGAUGUAUUAUUUAUACUAUAAUUUAGAUAACUUUACGAAGUACUGUUGAACCUAGUAUUACAGAUAUAAGUCCAAUAACUAUUUGUGAUGAUGCAGAUAAUAAAAUAGUAAAGGAUAAACUAAAAAUAUUAAUAUCUCCUCAGUAUCAUUAAUAAAAUCAUAGCAAAAGGUAAUCAACUAUCCCCUACUUCGCUAAACAUUCUUUGAACAUACGAUUAAAUUAAAUUAAUUAAAAGAAUUAAGAUAGUUAAAAUGUUACAUCAACAAAUACAAGUAAUAUUAAUUCGUUAAUGAGAAAUAAAUCUCAUCUCUAUAGUCGAGAAAUAAAAAGAAUUCAUAUACAUAGUGAAUCCUGA